GUGUACCUCAUCAGUCUAAUGGGAAAUGUGGGAAUGAUCCUCUUAAUCAACUGCGAACCCAGGCUGCACACCCCCAUGUACUUCUUCCUCAGCCACCUGUCCCUCCUGGACAUCAGCUUCUCCUCCAGCAUCACCCCAAAGUUCCUUCUCAGUGUCCUGACAGGGAGCAGAACCAUCUCCUACAGGGGUUGUCUCGCUCAGUUUUACUUCUACGUCGCCUUUGGCACAGCAGAAGCCUUCCUCCUGGCCGCCAUGGCAUAUGACCGCUACGUGGCCAUCUGCAACCCGCUCCAGUACACACUGGUGAUGUCGCAGGGAUUGUGCCUGCGCCUGGUGGCCGGCUGCUAUGCUGCAGGGGCCCUCAACUCCACCGUGCACACAGUA